GCCAAUCAAACGUCAGGAGCAAAAAUUCAAACUGAGAAAAGCGCGUUGGUCUUCCUGCUCCAUUUUGUGUUGUUUUUGGAGGUAGACCGAAGGAGCGAAGAUGACAGAGGAGUCAGCGGUAAAAGUCUGCGUUCGAGUCCGUCCGCUUAUUGCGAGGGAAGAGAGUGCAUCUGAGAAUGCAGAGCCUGUCCAGAUUUUCUGGAAAGCUGACAAGAAAUCAAUUCAUCAGAUUGAUGAUGGAAAUUCCACCAAGAGCUUCAGUUUUGACCGAGUGUUCGCCGCUGAUGAAACGACCAGUCAGCUAUACAAUGACAUUGCAAAGCCUCUGGUUGUUUCCACUGUCGAGGGAUACAAUGGAACCAUAUUUGCUUACGGGCAAACUUCUUCUGGAAAGACCUUCACCAUGAUGGGGACCAGUCGCACCCCCGGAGUGAUACCUCAAGCUGUGGAAGAUGUCUUUCAAACUAUUAAGAAUUUUCCCAAGAAGGAGUUCCUUCUCAGAGUGUCCUACAUGGAGAUCUACAACGAGACUGUGACGGACCUGCUUGUCGACAGCUGGAAAAGAAAACCUCUAGAAGUCAGAGAACAAAUCAAUAAAAACAUCUAUGUGGCUGAUUUGACUGAAGAGUUGGUUACAUCUCCUGCACAAGUCCUGGCAUGGAUUCGGAAAGGAGAAAAGAACCGACAUUAUGGAAAGACAAAAAUGAACCAGCGGAGCAGCCGCUCGCACACUAUUUUCCGGAUGAUCCUGGAGAGCCGGGAAAGGAGCGACCCAGCAUCAGGUGAAAGUAGUGAUGGAGCCAUCAUUGUGUCUCAUUUGAAUUUAGUGGAUCUGGCCGGAUCUGAGAGAGCGAGUCAAACGGGAGCUGAAGGUGCACGUUUCAAAGAAGGCUGUAAUAUCAACCGCAGCUUGUUCACGCUCGGCCAAGUGAUAAAGAAACUGACCGACGAAAACCAGAAGGGUUUCACCAACUACAGAGACAGUAAACUGACCCGCAUCCUGCAGAACUCGUUGGGUGGGAAUGCUAAAACUGUCAUUAUCUGCACCAUCACCCCAGUCACUCUGGAUGAGACCCUCAGCACUCUACAGUUUGCAAGCACAGCAAAGAAAAUGAAGAACGACCCUCACGUGACAGAGGUGUCAGAUGAUGGGGCUCUGCUCAAAAGGUAUCGUAAUGAAAUUGCAGAACUCAAGCGACGACUUCAUGAGGUUUCUUCAGUCACACAGACCACUGUGACAGAGAAGGAGGUUCUCUCUCAGCUGCUCCAAGAGAAGGAUCAGCUACAGAGAGAAAAAGAGGGCCUGAAAAGAAAUCUGGCCAAUCUCCUUGUGACUAGCUCAAAUUUGGUCCCAGUGCAGAAGAUGCCAAGCCGCAGGGUUACCUGGGGAGGAAAGAUGGUAAAACUUGCCCAUCCAUCUGCCUUUGUGGGGAGUUUCUCUGACCUCAGCUUUGCAGAAUCUUUCACUCAGAAGAGAAUUCGGUCGGACUUCUCCUGCCUGAUGGAGCUCGGUGAAGACGAUGAGGACUUUGACUCCAACUGGGGAGUUAUCGAUGAGCCGUCAGAUGAAAUGGAAAUGAGUAGAAGCUCUGUGACUGUUCGUAGCUUUGAAGACAGUCCCAGAGACUUCAUGUCUCCUGAUCGGCUGCAAGAACUUUCAGGCAAAGUGUCCAGUCUGGAGAUGCAGCUGGAACAGGAGAGUCAGGAGAAAGAGGCAGCCCUGUCAAAUUUAGAUGUGUUAAAGGGCAGAGUGGCAGAGUUGCAGCUGCAGCUGGAAACAGAGGUGCAGCACAGACAGGAAGCACUGGAAAAAGUGCACACUGGAGAACAGAGGAGAGCGGAGCUGGAAGCGCUGCUGCACACUGAAGCUCAGCAGAGGCUGGAGGCCACACAGAAGGCUGACAUGUUGGAGCUGAGAGUGACGGACUUGGAGAGACAACUGGGAGAAAGCAGAGAUGCAAACAUUGACACAAAUGAACAGAUGAGAAAAGAGUUUGCUGAGACCAUCCAGCUUUGUGAAACUUUGGCUUCGGAGAAGGACUUGGUGGCUGCAGAGCGAGACUACCUGAAACAGGAGCUGGGCAUGUUUAUAGAGCAAAUGGAGCGUCUGGAGAAAGAGAAGGCUGCUGUAUUACAGGAGCUAGAGGAGAAGAGGGAGAUGGAUGAGUUCAAAUCUCUAGAAGAGGGGUGCAGGAAGGAGAACGAGAAAGAGCUAGAAAAUGAAAUCGUAAGCUUGAAGAAAGCUGUAGAGUCCUCUGAACUCCAGCGCAUGCAGCUCCAGAAUGAAAUCGAGACUCUGACUGAACAGCUGAAGAAGAAGGAAACAGAAUUUGCACAUGAGAUGGAGAACCUGGGCAGUAAGGACUUAGUGCAGGAGGUGCUGAAGCUUCGCCGCUCUCUGGAUGAUGCAGAGCUGCUGAGCAGAGACACAAGGAAGGAUUGGGCUGUCCUACGCAGUCGCAGCAUUUCUCUGGAGGAGACAAAUGUGACUCUGACUGCCAGCCACGAAAAAAUGGAGGCAGAGGUGAAGAGUCUGCGUUUUCAGCUGGAGACUGAGAAGUCGCGUUACAGAAAGAUGCAGAGCGAUCUCCAGAAGGAGCUGAAUGUCGCAUUUGAUGAGAACACCAAGCUCACCACUCUGCUAGAUGGCAACGUGCCUAAAAAUCUGAUUGACAGCAUAGAGCUUGAGAGAACCGUGGCCAAUCUGAAUAAAGAGUUGAUGGCAUCUCGUCAAGUGGAGACUGCUUUGAGAGCUCAGCUGGAUGACCUGGCUGCAUGUCAGACUCUCCCAGAUAAAGUGGACGCCUUGGUAAAGCAGCUUGAAGGAAGUGAGCAGGAGCGAGCAGCGCUGGAAGGAAAACUGAGCGAGGUGCAGCCGCUGAUGAAGGAUUUGGAGGAGAAGCUUGCUGACAGCGAAGCUUCCAGAAGCACCGAGGAGGAGAUUAGCAGAGAGCUUCAAGAACAAAUCAGCCAGUUAAACGAAGAACUUCGGUGUGUGCGAGCCGAGAAAGCCGAGCUUCUGUCCGAGCAGAGCGCUGCUGAUCGGAGGUUUGCAGAGGAGACGGAGAAGCUGCUCUCUGCUGUAACAUCUGUGACCGCAGAGAGAGACGAGCUCAGGGUGAAGCUGCAAGAACACGUGGACAAGGUUGCUGAGACCCAGGUUGUUCUACAGUCUGUUCAGGAUGAGCUCCAAGAGCAAAAAGAAAAGAAUUCAGAUCUCGUGAAAGCUCAUGAGCAGAAAGAGUCUGAUUUAGGGGAGAAGAUGCUGAGGCUAUCACAGGACCUGCAGUGUGUGCGAGAUGAGAAAGAGGCGCUCCUGAUGACGACCUUUCAGAGGGAAUCGGAGGAUGUGGAGAAGCUGAGCGCUACCUUGGCUUCUCUCACUGCUGAGAGAGACCAGCUGAGGACGGACAUGCAGGAAAAUGUGGAAAUGAUGAUUGAGAAUCAGGAGGAACUGAGGACGGCCCUGGAGCAAAACCGCGAGCAAAAGAAGCAGAUCAAAGAGCUAGAAGCACAAAUAUUGAAGCUGGAUGGGCUUCCCAGUGAGCGCAAUGAUCAGCUGGUGGAACUGCAAACGCGUAUAAAGGCUUUGACUGAGGAGCUGGAGAGUGUGAGAGCAGAGAGAGACAGUCUGCUGUCUGAGAAGGAGCUCAGCACUCAGACCUCCACAGAGGAGAUGGAGAAGCUGCUGUGCAGAGUGACGUCUGUCAGCAAGGAGAGAGACGAGCUGCAGGAGAUCCUGGAGGGUCUGAGGGAGGCGAAGCAGCAGCUCCAAGCAGAGCUGGAGGACAGGGUGGAGACGGUACAGCAGCUGCAGGGUGCUCUGCAGGCUGUCACAGAGCAGAAGAGCCAGUUGGAGGGUGAUCUGCAGCGUAGUACAGUCACGGCUGCUGAGACUCAAAGUCUCAUGCAUUCCCUUCAAGAGCAGCUCGAAGAACAAAAUAAAAACUGCGAUCUUGAAAGAGUUAGCCAAGAAACGCAGGCUCAGCUGAAACUACAGGUCGAGGAAACCAACUGUCUUCUUCAGUGUCUUCAAGAGGAGCUAAAGGAGCAGAAACAAAAGCUGUCUGAUCGUGUGCAACUCUAUGAGCAAAAGGAAGUCGACUUUACACAGCAGAUAACAACCCUCUCUGAGGAGCUUGACAGCGCCCGAGCAGAGAGAGAUGCCCUGUUGCUUCAGAAGGAACUGGAGAGCAGACCGAGCAGUGGCAAAGAUGCAGGCAGUACCCUCCAGUUACAAGAGCUCACAGACCAGAUUCAGAGACUGACUGAGGAGCUGGAGAGUGUGAGAGCAGAGAGAGACAGUCUGCUGUCUGAGAAGGAGCUCAGCACUCAGACCUCCACAGAGGAGAUGGAGAAGCUGCUGUGCAGAGUGACGUCUGUCAGCGAGGAGAGAGACGAACUGCAGGAGAUCCUGGAGGGUCUGAGGCAGGAGAAGCAGCAGCUCCGAGCAGAGCUGGAGGACAGGGUGGAGAUACUGCAGUCUGAGAUAAGGACUCUGACUGAUGCACUGAAAAUGGCUGAAGCAGAAGGAGCACGCCUGCUGUCUGAGAAGGAGCUCAGCACUCAGACCUCCACAGAGGAGAUGGAGAAGCUGCUGUGCAGAGUGACGUCUGUCAGCGAGGAGAGAGACGAGCUGCAGGAGAUCCUGGAGGGUCUGAGGCAGGAGAAGCAGCAGCUCCAAGCAGAGCUGGAGGACAGGGUGGAGAUGAUGACUGAGAACCAGGAGGAGCUGAGGGUUUCUCAGGAGAACAUCAGAAUCCUACAAGAUGCGAUCAACCUGCUGAAGAGUGAAAAGGCAGAACUGGAGAGCAGACCGAGCAGUGGCAAAGAUGCAGGCAGUACCCUCCAGUUACAAGAGCUCACAGACCAGAUUCAGAGACUGACUGAGGAGCUGGAGAGUGUGAGAGCAGAGAGAGACAGUCUGCUGUCUGAGAAGGAGCUCAGCACUCAGACCUCCACAGAGGAGAUGGAGAAGCUGCUGUGCAGAGUGACGUCUGUCAGCAAGGAGAGAGACGAGCUGCAGGAGAUCCUGGAGGGUCUGAGGCAGGAGAAGCAGCAGCUCCAAGCAGAGCUGGAGGACAGGGUGGAGAUGCUGCAGUCUGAGAUAAGGACUCUGACUGAUGCACUGAAAAUGGCUGAAGCAGAAGGAGCACGCCUGCUGUCUGAGAAGGAGCUCAGCACUCAGACCUCCACAGAGGAGAUGGAGAAGCUGCUGUGCAGAGUGACGUCUGUCAGCGAGGAGAGAGACAAACUGCAGGAGAUCCUGGAGGGUCUGAGGCAGGAGAAGCAGCAGCUCCAAGCAGAGCUGGAGGACAGGGUGCAGAUGAUCUCAGCCAUCCAGGACAAGCUGAGUCAGCUGGAACAGCUGAACAUGCAGCAGCAGUCUGAGAGAGGAGAGCAAGAAGCCAAGCUGCAACAAGACAUACUGCAGCUUAAAGAACAAGUUCAGAUGCACACAGAAAGACGUGCUCAGGCUGAAAGUGAAGCAGAUGCAGUGCAGCAGUUGCUCAGCGAAGCGAACGCAACCAUCUCUGCUCUCAGAGAGCAGCUCAGUAGGUCAGAGCCGAGCACCAGCGAGGCUAAGGAGCUGCUGUCGUCACGACUGCAAGACUCCACCAGACAGCUUGAGGAGUCCUUCAAAAGCUUCCAGCAAUUCAUAGACACUUGUUGUAGUUAUGACAAUAUAACUCAGGACAAGGGCCUGAGGGACCGGCGUUCCCUGAAGCAUCCUCUUCCCAAGGCCACCAAGGAUGCCUAUGAUGCGGUCUUUCAGCUGGGACAGUCAACUGAUGAAAAUCUCAGGAAAAUUCAAGAGCUGCUGCGUGUGAAGGCGCUUGGCUACAGGAACAUUUUUGAGGAGCUGGUGAAAAAAGACUUGGCCAUCUUUGAGGAGAGACGGCUGCAGGAUGUGCUUCUAUGCAGAGCGCAGGGGCCCAGCUACUCUGUUCAAGUCGAGGGCUUUGACACACUGUGGGAGCAGAGACUGCCUGAGCUGCUGGACAGGAGGCAACUUUACAUGGAGAAAAUGAGCAGCAUUUUGGAGAAGCUCUGGGACAACAUGACCUCCUACCUCCAUGAGCUGAAGGGUGAGAUUCAAGAGCGAUUCAAGUUCAAUAAGCAGCUGCAGGUCCUGAUCACCAACCAACCAAUUAGCUUCAGUGGGCUGGACAGCAUCCUGAAGCCGGAGACUGACCGCAGAGCGGCGGGGACACAAAGCAAGAAAUGUCUUCUGCAGAGUAUCACUGAUGAGCAGAAGGGUCUGUUUGAAGAGCUAAAACAGCUGGAGGCUGAGGCUGAGUCUCACCUUAGGGAGGUGAAAAGCAAAAGUUCCACUUUGCUGCAGGCGCUAGAGGAUGGAGCGUUUCUGACAGUCGCAGCUCUGCAGAAGGAAACCCAGCAGCUAGCUUCUCAGCUGAAACAUGCAGAGGAAAAAGUGAAAGCUCUGCGUAUUCAAAAUGAGCAGCUGGAGGAGGCGCACAUCAAAGCUGACGCCAAUGUUUCCAACCACAAAGAGGCAAUGCAACUCCUGCAGACUGAGCUGCAGGACAACCGUGCACUAGUUGAAGAGAAAGAGAACACUAUACAAGCUCUGAAGAGCAAAAUUCGAGAAUCGGAGAAAAAAACAUCACCCAGUGUGGCUGAGCUGGAGAAGCUUCAGACCAAGCUGUUGCAGUUGGAGAUGAAGCUCAGCUCGGCAUCCGACGAACACAAACGAGAGAUCCAGGCAAUGAACACACUGUUGGAGGAAAAAGAAGAGUUACUGAGGAAGCUUAAAGAGACUUUGAGAAAAUCCCAACAGGAGGGAGAAGAGUCGUUCUUGCAGGGUAAGGACCUUCAUGCCAGACUGACCAACCCCAGGAGUUCUGUGGUCAGCAGCAGUAUUCUGAUGGAGAAAUCCAAGCUGGAGAAGGAAGUCAGCCAGCUUCACAUGAAAAUCACAGAACUGGAAAGUGUGGUUGCCAGUCAGCAGGCUGAGAUUACCAAGUGGAAGAACAGAGCCAUCAAACUAAAGGUGAAGAACAAAGUAGAGGAGGACAAGCUUCAGUCACCUAGCACUCCCACCAAGAGGGGCUUUCCCAUGACCUCUGACUCCUCCAACCUGCUGAGCUCACCUAAAAAGUUUUUGAUACCUGCCAAGAAGCUCCUGGACACUCCCAGGAAGGGUUUGGAGUCACCCAGAAAGCUGCUGGAUUCGCCAAAGGCCUCUCUCCUGGAAUCCCCCAAAAGCAGAUUCUUUGAUGUGGGCGGAAGCUCCGAGACACUGUCCAGAAACUGUCCCAAGCAGUUCUUCGACAACUCGAGCCUCGGAACCAUUCCAGAGGUUUCCCGUGUUCCUGAAACAGCAGCUCCAGAACAGGAUGUUGCUGUGGACACGGACAAAAACGAGUGGUGGCCAAAGUCUCCAAAACAGGAAGAAAUGUGUAAAACACAAUAACGUGUUUUGUAAAGAGCAGUAUUUUCACCUUUUCUUUGUAAUGUUUAUGUACUUUUAUUUCCCACUUUCAUUUUUCCCUUUUCAUCCUGUUCUAAGAAAUUUAAUAAAUAUGUUAAUAAGGUGCUUAAA